CCUACUGGCGGCGCCUUCCCGCCCCCGAGUGCUGACGUCAGAGAGGCGCCCGCCUCGGCGGCAGAGGAGAGCGGGAGGAGGUCGCGCGGUCAGAAGAUGCUGCACUUUGGCGUAAAUUGCAAUCGAUUAGGGAUCCUUUCUCAGACCCAAGGUAGAAGUGAGAGUUCAGAUAAGUGAGGCACCAUUGCUGCUCUGAACACCUCAGCAGGGAGAAUGGAUUUAUCAGGAGUGAAAAAGAAGAGCUUGCUAGGAGUCAAAGAAAAUAAUAAAAAGUCCAGCACUAGGGCACCUUCUCCUACCAAGCGCAAGGACCGCUCCGAUGAGAAGUCCAAGGACCGCUCCAAGGAUAAGGGGGCUGCCAAGGAGUCGAGCGAGAAGGACCGAGGCAGGGACAAGGCCCGCAAGCGGCGCAGCGCGUCCAGUGGCAGCAGCAGCACCAGGUCACGCUCCAGCUCUACCUCCAGCUCAGGCUCCAGCACCAGCACGGGCUCUAGCAGCGGCUCCAGCUCCUCGUCCGCGUCCAGCCGCUCGGGCAGCUCCAGCACGUCCCGCAGCUCCAGCUCCAGCAGCUCCUCCGGCUCGCCCAGCCCCUCUCGGCGCAGACACGACAACAGGCGGCGCUCCCGUUCCAAAUCCAAGCCACCCAAGAGAGACGAAAAGGAGAGGAAAAGGCGGAGCCCUUCGCCUAAGCCCACCAAGGUUCACAUCGGAAGGCUCACCAGGAAUGUGACCAAGGACCACAUCAUGGAGAUUUUCUCCACUUACGGGAAAAUUAAAAUGAUUGACAUGCCUGUGGAGAGGAUGCACCCCCACCUGUCAAAGGGCUAUGCAUAUGUGGAGUUUGAGAAUCCAGAUGAAGCUGAGAAGGCGCUGAAGCACAUGGAUGGAGGACAAAUCGAUGGUCAGGAGAUCACUGCCACCGCUGUGCUGGCCCCCUGGCCUCGGCCUCCCCCCAGGCGAUUCAGCCCUCCCAGGAGAAUGUUGCCACCACCUCCCAUGUGGCGCAGGUCUCCCCCACGGAUGAGGAGACGAUCUCGCUCCCCACGGCGCAGGUCUCCCGUCCGCCGCCGCUCCCGCUCACCGGGCCGCCGUCGCCACCGGAGCCGCUCCAGCUCCAAUUCAUCCCGAUAAGCAGGGCCACAAAGUUCUGCCCCUGUAAUUUAAUGUCCCAUCCGCUCAGUUUGAUCACUUUUCUAGCCGAAGGACGAUCCCUCUAGGGGCAGGCUUCAAAGGAAAGCAGCAGUUGGGGUAUUUUCUCCGGAGGCCCAAGUUCUGGCCACAGAAGAUUGGUUUGGGUUUGUCCCUAAAGAAUCCCCUCCAGUUUCCUGGCUAGGAAAGCUCCUGUUCCCAGCUGGGUGGCAGAGCUGGCAUGGCCGGGCCGCUGGGCCUGGCCCCGCCUCCCUCUGACCUCUAGGGUCGGACACCAGGGGGACUGUCAUCCCACGUUAGUUCCAUAGAUGGUUGUUUUUCCAUGUGCCCACACGCACACCCACACUGCUGAUCUCUGAGACUGGUGCGGCUCUGCAGGUCCUGUGCUGUUACUCGUGUGGUCUUGAAGGUGAAACUUGAUGUUGUGUACAUUGCUUUUUUAUUUUUGGCCUUUCUUGUACAGUCAGUACUAUAAAAUUCCCCUUGAGUUUUGUAAUUUCACCGCAGUUUAGAUUAAAUGCUCUGUUGUGUAGUGUGGAAGGGUUGUGUUGAUUAAAUAAUUGAAUUCAAAUAUGCCUCCUCCAGUUGGCAUUAAAAAGUCUACCCAGUGGGGCUGGGUGGUGGUACACCUGGGUGAGCGCACAUGUUACAAUGCACAAGGAGCCCCCAGUCCUCACCUGCAGGUGGAGAGCCAGGGCUGGAACUUGCACUUAACCUUAAUCCUUGAGCUUCGAGCCACCUGCUGUGCUACCACCCGACUCCCUCCCCCUUCCCUCUUGAUUUCUGUCUCCAGUAAAUAAAGAAAAAAAUU